GCCCGGACCAGCUCUUGAGAGCGCUGGAGAUGGCAGCCCAGUGUGGCAACGUUGAUGCCUUGGACUUUCUCAGCUCUGAGCUGGGGAUUGGACCCCAAGACGCGCCCUCCCUGGCCAUUGCUGCAGCGAAAGCCGGUCAAGUCCCGGUGUUAGAGUUCCUGAAGGACAGGAAGUGCGACACCAUGCUGCUGCCACGGCAUUGGUGGCUGCCUCCCUUUGUGGACCAGGGCACGACUGCCUUGCACGAAGCUGCAGCCUGCGGCCAUGCAGCCGCUGUGCAGUGGCUCCUGGAGGAGAAAGCUGAUCCUUUCUUAUGCAACGCUACAGGAGAGCCUCUCCACCUUGCUGCCCUGCAUGGGCAUGCAAGGGUCGUGAUGGCACUGGCAGAGGUCACCGGGCCUUCCAGGCCGCAGGUCGACAGCACCACGCCGUUGCACCAG